GCGCAAUCCACACCGUGCCUCGACACAGGAACAGAGCAUCACGGUCCUCAGCUGCAUCCCUCCCCCAACUCUCAGCUUCCUGGCCACUAGCUGACUUCAUUAGCAUACACAGUAGCGGCAUGCUCAAGUUCUUUGCAGCUCGCACCGCACCGACCAGGCGAACCUGCGAGUACCUAGAAGAAAACCAUCCAAGCCAGACGGCAUGGCGGAGACACCCAGCUACGCAAUACCUUUCGAGUCUCGCAGAACAAGCAAACCCAGUCCCAGUUGAAGCUCCCUCACCUCAAAAGAAAGAGUUGCAGAGGCAAAACAACCCACGACACACGCACGGCGACAAAACGGUUGCGAUAACAUCAUCCUUCUCCACACCGCUUCAGCCUGACCGGGCCACUCUACGAAUAACGACCAGUUACAACGGCCGCCUGCCAUUUCGACCUUUGCUGUCCCGCCCCUGUCGUUGUGUUGCGGUCCCUCUCGACGAUCCCUGUCGUGUCCAUCGUCACUCUCCACCACCCCCAGCAGCACUCAAGGCGCCCUCGCUCUCACACCACGCUCGCUCCCAAGCCCCCAACACCCCCCCGUUCUGCCUUUGCCGCAGACUCAAUCCUCGACUCCUACGACAUAUUGGGUGGGAGUCUGGCAAGGGCCCCAAUCCGAUCGACACCACAAAGCCACCAAAGUCCAACCAAAAAGGCCAAAGAGGGCAUCCCAGUCUUUGCAACUGGUCCUGAGUACCGCAGAUCGCGACAACUUGGCCGCCUGUGAACGUCAACGUCUGAACCAAAAUCCACCCAAGCCAAGCCAGCUAUUUGUGACCCCUUCACCUCUUUUUCUACCAAUCCCACAGAUCGCAUUCCAUUGUACAGCUACCACGGCCGUCGACGCAACCGCACGCUACCGAGUACACACAUACAUACAUACAUACAUACAU